AUGCCCAACGACGACGCGUUCUCCAAGCCCGCGGCCCCGUCGGAGCCGCAGCACGCGCCGGGGGCGCCGCCGCAGGGCAAGUCCGGGGCCUUCGCCAAGGCGGCCGGGGCGCUGCUGGGCCCCCCGGGAGGAGGCGGCUCCGGCGGCUCCGGCGGCUCCGGCGGCUCGGGCUCCGGCUCCGGCUCCGGCUCGGUGCCGGGCCCCGGCGGCGCGGCGGGCCUGGGCGCGGCGGCGGCGGCGGGCAAGAAGUCCCCGCGGCUGCCCAAGUGCGCGCGCUGCCGCAACCACGGCUACGCGUCGCCGCUCAAGGGCCACAAGCGCUUCUGCAUGUGGCGCGACUGCCAGUGCAAGAAGUGCAACCUGAUCGCCGAGAGGCAGCGCGUGAUGGCCGCGCAGGUAGCUCUGAGAAGGCAACAAGCCCAGGAGGAGGAACUGGGGAUCAGUCACCCCAUCCCGCUGCCCAGCGCGGCUGAAUUGCUGGUCAAGAGAGAGAACAACGGCAGUAACCCCUGCCUGAUGACUGAGAGCAGCAGCUCCUCACAGCCGCCGCCGCCGCCCAGCACUCCCACCACUGCCGCCUCAGAGGGACGCAUGGUCAUCCAGGACAUUCCUGCUGUCGCCAGCAGAGGGCACAUGGAGAACGCCCCUGACCUGGUCUCUGACUCCACCUACUACAGCAGCUUUUACCAGCCGUCUCUGUUCCCGUACUACAACAAUCUGUACAACUACCCGCAGUACUCCAUGGCCUUGGCCGCGGAUUCUUCUCCCGGGGAUGUGGGAAGCCCUCUCGGAGGGUCCCCUGUGAAGAACAGCCUGCGGAGCCUGCCGGGACCGUAUGUGCCUGGCCAAGCCGGAAGUCAGUGGCAGAUGAAAAACUCGGAGAACCGUCACGCCAUGAGUUCGCAGUACCGGAUGCAUUCGUACUAUCCACCGCCCUCCUACCUGGGCCAGAGUAUGUCCCAGAUCUUCACUUUCGAGGACGGACCUUCCUACGCGGAAGCCAAGGCGAGCGUCUUCUCGCCGCCCAGCAGUCAAGAUUCGGGCUUGGUCUCCCUGUCCAGCAGCUCUCCUAUUAGUAACGAGAGCACAAAGGGAGUGCUCGAAUGCGAGGCGGCCUCGGAGCCCAGCGCCUUCACGGUCACUCCCGGCAUCGAGGAGGACGAGUGA